CGUUUUAUUCGCAGUGCUGAAGCAAUUUCAACGAUGCCGAUGAUUAGAGUGUCGACAAAUGUUCCAGAUAAGGACAUUCCAGCCAAUUUUGAGGAGCGUCUUACUGACCUCAUAGCAGAAUCCAUGAAUAAACCGCGAAACCGAAUUGCGAUUGAGAUAAUGGCAGGCCAGAGAAUCACUCAUGGAGCUUCACGGAAUCCUGUUGUUAUUAUGAAGGUAGAAUCUAUCGGCGCUCUCUCUCCUGAUGACAACAUCCGACAUACGCAAAAGAUAACAAAGUUCUGUCAAGAGAUCUUAAAGGUGGCUCAAGACAAGGUAUUUUUGAAUAUUUGUGAUCUCUAUGACGGUUCCACCUUUGUUUGCUUUGUUGAUGUUUCAUUCUCAAUGGAGGAGACGUCUCUUAAGGCUAAGCGGCAAACGAUUAGUUCUUAA